AUGAAGCUGGAUCAAACAAGUGAUGAGUCGUCGAAUACAUUCCUGUCGAAGGUUUGUCGCCCGGUCACUGUGAUGCACCAAACCAUAAUCGAUAAGCUCUAUCCGUAUAGGAUAACUAGAUGGCUAUUUGCAUUGCUGUUAUUUGCUAUUUACGUGCUCCGGAUAGCAACUAUUCAGGGCUUCCAUAUAGUUAGCUAUACUCUCGCAAUAUAUUUGUUGAGUUUAUUCAUAUCAUUUAUUUCUCCAAAAGUAGAUCCUGCUGCUGCAGAUUAUUCGGAUGAAAUCCCUACACUUCCACGAACUGUAGGUGAAGAGUUCAGACCUUUUAUACCAAGAUUACUUGAAUCAAAAUUCUGGCUCUCCACCGUCCGUGCCGUUGCAAUCAGUAUAUUUUGCACAUAUCUUCCAUUCUUGGAUAUUCCAGUAUUUUGGCCGAUACUAGUAAUGUAUUUUAUAAUGUUGUUUGCUAUUAUGAUGAAGAAGCAAAUUAAGCAUAUGAUCAAAUAUCGCUACGUUCCAUUUACUUAUGGGAAACCGAGACCUGUCGGAUCAAACAAUAAGGAACAAGCAUCUCCUGUGAUUAACUCAUGA